UCGAGUGCUAUGUGGCACAGUAACCCGCUCAAUUAAACGCUCAAGACAAACAUCAACCAAACCGCUCAGCUCGUUCUUGCUAAGAGAGCAACACCUCUUCACAAUGGGCCACGAUAGCGACGAGCUGGUCGCGCCUGAGCUCUCGCGCGUCGAUCCUAGCUUCGUCGCUGAUGUUGUGAAGAGUGGCGACAAGAAGACGCUCAUUGUGGACGUGCGCGACGCACACGAGGUGGCCGAGGGCAGCAUCAAAUCCGCUCUGAACGUGCCCUCGUCAGUGUUCAAGUCGGAGGACAAGUCGCAGCUGGACGCCGUCAUCAAGGAGCAGCUGGCAGGCGCGGAGCAGGUGGUGGUGCACUGCCACUUCUCCAAGGUGCGGGGCCCCACGUGCGCCCGCGCCCUGAACGAGCGGCUGAAGGCGCUGGGACUGGACAACGCACCUGAGGUCAAGGUGCUGGCGGGCGGUGUGGCCGGCUUCAUGGACAGCUACAAGGGCGACUCGGAGGUGGCGGUGCUGCCCGCGCAGGGCUGGGACCCCGCGCAGAAGUGAUUGGGGGCUCGCUAGUCUGGGGGGGAGUUUGGCGGGGCACAAUUUGCCAGUGUUGGCGACAGUGCCAGUAUUACAAUUGACCGGUGUAUAAGUUACUGCAGUGGGAACCGCGCUAGCAUUGCAACAUGCAGAUUAGGACUUAGUCUAUGAGUGGCAUGGCUCCUGAAUAAGGCGUGAUAACGGGGAAGUCGAUCACAGACAGGGACGCAAUGGUACGGAGUCAUAAUAUCACCUGCGAAACACAAGCUGUACUGUGCAACCAACAACGCACGAAGGGUAUUCGUUGGAAUCGUAACUUGUUUGCGUGCCUAGGCAUUGGAUUGGUCGAGCAACUGGCGACAACCGGCAAUGUAGGAUGCGUGCCGGUGACUCUUAUGCCUCCUGGUCCUAUUUACUGGCUUUCUAGAAGGGGUGAUAGGGCGGCUGGGAGCGCCGGAGGGGCCAGCCAGCAGUGACAGGCUACAAGGGGAACGAAGGGUGUGGCGUGUCGACUUUCAUGACAGGCGACGACUUCAGGUUCAAAGAACAGACGUUAGGACAUGCUGUAUUAUACACAAAUGUCUUGUAGAUUAUCUGAACCGUAAGGGGGCAAACGAAACAGAGACUAGCGAAGGGUGGCCAAACGGCAAGCAACGAAUUGCUAAGGGC